GGGCAGGUUGAGCACUUGCGUAUGAAAUGCAUCAUCGGAUCCAAAACUCACACGACCAGAAUAGUGCAAAUCCACGCACCAGAAGCCCGAGCGCAAACACCACAAACACAAAAUCCUCGCAGACGCAACACCAGCGAUCUGCCAAGCACAGUGGAUAUUUACAUGUUUUUCCUGCCACCAAGCACCACCAAUGGCUGGCGACGGCAGCCGCAAUGCCUCUCCACUGGGAGCUCCCGAUGAUUCUACAAUCAUAUCUGUACGCACCUUUGACUUUAACCUUCUCCAUACACCGCCCUGCCAUGACCUCCUAACAUUGACCUUAUAUACUAGACCCGAGGAUUAGAGGCAUUCGGACGCAAAGUCACCUCCACGGCUGGCCAACUGAUGGGGCCCUUGGAUCCCACUGCAAGCACGCACUAUCAAAAUGCAAUGAGCGACCUGCACAAACAAUUGAGAAGGCCGAACCUCCAGCGGAGCGUCUUUUCCUUUGCAAGAACGAGUCCCACGGACCUGGUUCGCUCGAGACUAUCCACAUCUGAGAUACAGUAUCGUGCCCUCACAUUUUUACCUGACGAACUUUUACGAAACAUUCCUGAAGAUGACAACACAUAUUCCCUUUUCCAAGGCUUCCAGGCUACCAUGCCCACCGCAGUUAGUUCUGAUGGAAAAAAGCAUAGGAGAAAGGUGUCAAGGGGGAGAAGAUUACUGGAAGACGAGAAGUCGGAACCAGAUAAUACGCCACCAUCCCUAGCGAAGUUGAAAAAGGAGCAGGAUGCACUCAACCACCGCCUGGAGAUGAUGAGCGUUCGAAAGCAUAUGUCGAGCAGCGAAAUACAUGAGAUUGACAAUAAAAUAGCAAAUCUCAACAGUAUGCGGAAGAUUGUGCUGAAUAGAUUGGCAGAUUUGGAGCAAGAAGAAGCCAUACUAGAGCACGACAGUGGGUAGAUUGCUUCCAGUCUUCUGGACUUUUGCUAACUUUGGGAAAGUACUGGAUCUUGAGAACAGACUUGAGGAUGCUCAAGAUGAGCUCGAAAACGAGGAAUCGAUGAAAGCCGAACUUGAUCUAGAAGAAGCGGAUUCUGCUUCAGGAGAUUCAACAUUCAUGUCCGAAUCGAUAUACGAAAAGCUGCCUUCAUCAUCGCCUACCAAGAACAAGAAGAACAAGGUGAUUCGAAGAAAGUCUAUGCCAAUAUUACACGAGCACUUUGAACCUGGGUCAAACAUCAGAGAGAUCAAAGCUCAUGGUGAUAUGAUCACAGCUUUAGAUUUCGAUGUUCCAUUUGGUACAAUGGUUACUUCGGCGCUCGAUGAUACCGUGCGAGUAUGGGACCUAAAUGCCGGAAUCUGUAUGGGGCUCCUAGAGGGCCAUACAGCUUCGGUUAGGGCGUUACAGGUUGAAGACAAUUUUGUGGCAACAGGAUCCAUGGAUGCGACGAUUCGCUUAUGGGAUUUGAGUAAAGCCAGAUAUGAACCCCCUGAUAACCGAAUCAACAAAGACAGCGACGACGAAGAAGAAGAUCAUUUGGCAUUUGGAGGGGAAGAAGAACAGUCAUUUGAGCCUCCUGUCGGAACUAUGAGGGACUGUCCAGUCUUCACGUUGGAAGCCCACGUGGAUGAGGUCACAGCUCUCCACUUCAAGGGCGAUACUCUUAUCUCAGGUUCAUCAGACAAAACAUUACGGCAAUGGGAUCUUCAGAAGGGCCGUUGUGUUCAGACUCUAGAUGUUAUGUGGGCUGCGGCCCAAGCAUCUGCAAGCAUGGGUUCCAGCGAAGGCGCAUGGAGGUCGACUGGCAAAGUUGCCGACGCAAAUGCAGACUUCGUUGGAGCUGUGCAGGUCUUUGACGCCGCUCUUGCCUGUGGAACUGCUGAUGGAAUGGUUCGAUUGUGGGAUCUCAGAAGUGGACAGGUUCACCGAAGUCUGGUUGGUCAUACCGGCCCAGUGACAUGUCUUCAGUUUGAUGAUAUGCACUUGGUCACCGGAAGUCUGGACCGAAGUAUUCGAGUAAGUUUAUAUCGGCUGAUAAAAUUUAUUCACAUUACUAACAGCCCUUAGAUCUGGGAUCUCCGAACGGGUGCUAUUCACGAUGCAUAUGCUUACGAUCAGCCAAUCACAAGCAUGAUGUUUGAUAAUCGAAGGAUUGUCUCAGCUUGUGGUGAGGAUGUAGCAAAGGUGUACGAUAAAACAGAUGGUCGACAUUGGGAUUGUGGACCAGGUGCUAAUGCUGAAGGCGGCAAAACACUUUCCACUGUUGAGACCGUCAGGAUCAAGGAUGGAUAUUUGACUGAGGGACGAAGUGAUGGUGUGGUCGGAAUCUGGACUUGUUAGAUAGGUACCUGGGCUGGGCUUGCAGUGGCUCGGCGGUAUACUUGGGGUUACAGGUGUACCAUGUUUUGGAGAAAAGUUCGUAGACGAGAGACACCUAAGUGUGCGAGGCGUAAACAUGAUGAUGGGUCGUUUUUGUGCCUUUUGGGUGUGAUGAGGUCGGUUGUAGAUAUAUAUGUAUGAUGUUUAGCCUCUUUUGAGAGAAGACACCACUUGUUUAUAUA